GGGGGUUUUUUCCCAAAAUUAAAAAAUUUUAAAGUACCAACAGAAAAAUCACGUUUAUGGAAAGAUGAAUGUUGUUAUUGUUUUGAUACACCUGAAAAUGGUGAAGGAUUAUUUAUAGAUUUAAUCGGAUUAUUAGCAUUUAGUAAAAAAUAUGUUCAACUUAAUCAUCAAAAAACACAUCAUCAUUUAUAUUUAAAUUUUAAAAAAGUAGCAAUUGUUAAUGAAAAAGUUAAAAGUCCAACUAUAGAGAAUGGUGGUGAAGAGAAACCACCAAAGAAAUUAGCGAUUGGAGUUGAAGGUGGAUUUAAUGUUGAGGAUGAAGAGAUAAAGUAUGAAGAACACUAUAAGCUUUAUAUAUUCCCAGAUGAUAAAUUUUUAGAAUUAUCAGAUCCAAUAAUACCAGAGAAUGUACGUGUAUGCUGUGAGAAAAUUAAAACAUUGAAUUCACAAAGUAGAAAAGAAGAAAUCGUCAGUUGGAAUGCAGAAUCAGUAUUCCCAUCAGCAUUUGCCGAAUCAAUCAUUCAACUCGACAACAACACCAAGAAAAUCGAUCCUAAAGGACCAUGGAGAUGCGAUAUUGAGGGAUGUGAUAAGGUUGAGAAUCUUUGGUUGAAUUUAACCGAUGGUUUCAUUGGUUGCGGUAGAAAGUAUGCCGAUGGCACAGGUGGCAAUGGCCAUGCCCAAGAGCAUUUCAACCAAACUCAAUACCCAAUCUCUGUAAAGUUAGGCACAAUCACCAAAGACCAUGCAGAUGUUUAUAGUUACCCAGAGGAUGAUAUGGUAUCUGAUCCAUUGUUAUUCCAACAUCUAACUCAUUGGGGUUUGAACCCAAACGUUAUGGUGAAAACUGAGAAAUCCAUGGCAGAAUUAGAAUUGGAUCAAAAUUUGAAUUUCGAAUUUGGCAAGAUUCAAGAGAAGGGUAAGCUAUUGGAGAAUGUGUUUGGACCUGGUUUGACAGGUAUUGAGAAUCUAGGUAACAGUUGUUACAUGUCAUCAGUGAUUCAAAUGAUAUUCGCUAUUGAUUCAUUCCAAACUCGUUAUUUAAAAGAUCGUGAAGCCUCAUUCAAAGAUAUCACACAGGACCCAACUCAAUCAUUUGAAAUUCAAAUGAGUAAAUUAGCACAUGGUCUUUUAUCGGGUGACUAUUCAAUCCCAUUGAGUAAACCAUCAAAAAAUGCCAAUGAAGAGAGUGAGGCUGCAACCCAAAUUGGUAUCGCACCAAAAAUGUUUAAAUCUUUAAUUGGUGCUUCACAUGCAGAGUUUUCAACAAUGAAACAACAGGAUGCUCAUGAAUAUCUUCAAUAUCUAUUAGAGUAUAUUGAAAGAGCUGAACAUUCUCGUCCAUCUUGGAUUCAACAAGCCAAUCCAACUAGAUUAUUCCAAUUUCAUAAUGAGGAUAGAAUUGAAUGUGGUUCAUCAGGUCAAGUAAAAUAUACUAGACGUUUAGAGAAUAUCUUAUCGGUUCCAGUGAAUUUAGAUGAUGCAACCAAUAAGCAAGAGGUUGCACAAUAUGAAGAGACAUUGAAACAACAAAAUGGUGUACGUCAAAAGGAUCAAGAAGAAAUUAGACCAAUCAUACCAUUGGUCUCUUGUAUCAAUGGUUUCGUUGAACCCUAUAGAGUCGAGGAUUUCUUAUCACCAGCAACUGGUGUAAAAACAUUUUCACUAAACUCUUCAAGAAUGGCAACCUUCCCUGAAGUUUUAAUCAUUCAUUUGAAAAAGUAUACCUAUAAUGCUGAUUAUACUCCAAAGAAAUUAAAUGUUUUCAUGGAUGUACCAGAUAUUAUCGAUAUCGAUUCCCUUAGAGGUAGAGGUAUCAAGGAAGGUGAAGUACCAUUAAAAGAAGGUACAAUCAAUACCACUACAAAAGUACCAGAACCAUCAUUCAAUCAAGAGGUAUUAGAUACAUUAUUAAGUAUGGAUUUCCCAUUGGUUCGUUGUAAAAAGGCAUUAUUAGCAACUGGUGGUAAAGAUGCUGAAUUGGCAAUGAAUUGGAUAUUUGAACAUACUGAAGAUCCUGAUAUUGAUAUUGAACAAACACCUGUUAAUAACAACAACAACAACAACAAUAGUAGUAAUAGUAAUGAUAAACUUUUUGUAUUUAAUUCACAAGAUGUUGAUAAUAUUAUUGGUAUGGGUUUCACAGAUUCUCAAGCAAAAUUAGCACUUAAAAAUACAAAAGGUAAUCUUGAACGUGCUGCAGAUUGGUUAUUUAGUCAUAUCGAUAACUUGGAUGAAUUGGUUGCAAAGGAUAAUGCUUCCACUUCAUCAAUUAAUCCUUCCUUAAUUCCUCAAUCAACAACUUCACUUCAACCAGUCAGUGACGGUGUUGGUAAAUAUGAAUUAUUAGGUUUCAUCUCUCAUUUAGGUAAUAAUGUUACAUGUGGUCAUUAUGUUUGUCAUAUUAAAAAGAAUAAUAGAUGGAUUAAAUUCAAUGAUAGACAUGUUCAAUUAUCUGAACAACCACCAAAAGAAUUAGGUUAUAUUUAUUUCUAUAAAAGACAACUAAAUUAA